UUGAGAAAAGAAAGAGUAAGAGAAUUGUUAGUUUUCUUAUUUUAGCAACGUUUCGUCGGUGUUUUUUCUUCGGUAUUGUGAAACAAAUUAUAAUAGUAAUGAGAAUUUUCAAAACAGUUAAAACAUUUUGACACCUAAGAAAAAUCGUCUUCAACUAAAACGUUGGAUAAAGUCUAAGAGUUAAUAUUCCUGAAACUAAUAACGGCGGACCUGUGCAAAGCGCACACCGAAUUCGACUUAAGAAACAUCAUGACUACCAUUGAAGAGUUUAAAAAGUUUUCAAAAGAAAUGAUUGAUUACGUUGCAAACUAUUACGAAGAUAUAGAAAAAAAAAGUGUGCUUCCAAAAGUUCGUCCAGGUUACCUUAAAAACCUUUUACCGUCAAAUGCACCUUUUGAACCUGAAAAAUGGGAAGAUAUAAUGAAAGAUAUUGAAAAUAUUAUUUCUCCUGGAAUUACUAACUGGCGACAUCCUCAUUUUCAUGCAUAUUUUGUGUCUGCUAUAAACUUUCCAUCAAUAGUAGCUGACAUAUUAGCUAAUGCAUUGACAGGUCCAGGUUUUUCUUGGAUAACAAUGCCAGUCAGUACUGAGUUAGAAAUGAUAAUGAUGGAUUGGCUAGCUGAUUUUAUUGGUUUACCUGAACAUUUUAAGUUUUCUUCGGAUAGCUCAGGAGGUGGUGUUUUACAAAGUUUUGCAAGCGAUGUUACUCACUACACAUUGUUACUUGCACGAUCUAGAAUAACAAAACAAAAUUCAAACGACAGCGACAUUAUGUCAAAACUUGUAAUGUAUGCAUCAAGUCAAUCUCAUUCUUCUGUAAUAAAGGCUGGAUUAUUAGCGGGAAUAAAAAUACAUUACGUGGAUACAGACGAAAAUUUUACUUUAAGAGGAGAAGGGCUUGAAAAAGCAAUUUCUGAAGACAAAAAAAAUGGACUUAUUCCGUUUUAUCUAUGCGCAACACUUGGCACUACAACUUCAUGCGCGUUUGACAACAUUCAAGAAUUAGGACCAAUAUGCAAUAGGGAAAAAAUAUGGCUUCAUAUAGAUGCAGCAUAUGCAGGAAGUUCGUUUGCAUGCGAAGAGAAUCGUUAUCUAAUGGCAGGUAUUGAAUUAGUAGAUUCCUUUAACUUCAACUUACAUAAGUGGAUGCUAGUAUCAAUUGAUUGCUCUGCAUUAUGGGUGAAAGACAAAAACGAAAUAAGUAGUGCUUUCAACGUUGAUCCCGUAUAUUUAAGAUUUCCUAUUGGCGGAGAAUUACCUCAAUACCGCCAUUGGCAUAUUUCAUUAGGACGUCGUUUUCGGUCUCUAAAAGUAUGGUUUACUUUACGUCUUUAUGGAAAAAAAGGAAUACAAAGUUAUAUUCGAAAUCAUAUUCAACUUGCUCAUGAAUUUGAGGCAAUGAUUCAGUCUGACAGUAGAUUUGAAAUUAGUUAUCCAGUUACAAUGGGUUUAGUUUGUUUUCGUUUAAAAGGUAGCAAUGAACUUAAUGAAAAAUUGAACGAGUCAAUCAAUGCUGAGGGUGAAAUACACAUAACUCCAUCAAAACUUGGCGACAAAUUUAUUUUGCGACUGGCUAUCACAUACGAACAUGCAAAUAUAGAACAUAUAAAAUUUGCAUACGAUAACAUUAAAAAACAUGCGGAUUUAUUACUGUUGUAAGUUUACUUUAAAAUUUAACUUGAAAAUUAUAGAAUCAGUUUA